AUUGGCUAUCUUAUGUUGAGGAGCCUGAUUUUUCCUGUUAUCAUGAUAAUAAUUUUGAUCCAACUUUGUUAAAUAGUUUAUUAAAGAAUAUUAAAGGAGGUGGAGACUGUGUAGUUCUAGAAUUGAAAUAUGUUAAUUUGGUCAGCCUUAUGAGAGGAAGCACUAGAAAUUUUGAUGAUGAAUACAGGGCAAACGAAUUAUAUAGUGAAAGUAAAUAG